CUUCCUAUAAUAGGAACUUGGGUAGACGGACGACUGUAUUGUACAGCUUUCCCAGGCUGUUUUUUUCCCGUCAGGGAGCUCCAAAAUUUUGUAAGAAGAUGGAAACACUGAACAUUGCCGAGGGAGAACUUGGAGCAACACUUCCCUCCAUAGAGGAGUGCAAGCUGUCCUCCAUGUCCCACUCUUCUGCUCAAAGAGUGGUGGAUUCUACCAAACUGACAAACACCAACAGCCAAGCAGAUUCCAUGCCCAACUCGAUUACAUUUGUAAGCCCCGCCUAUUCAGGUGAAGACAUCAAGGCAGAAUCUAUGGUGGUCAGCUCAGAUUACACAUGGGUGGAGCCAGGGUCAAGUCUGAAACAAAGUGAAGAUGUGGAAGAGAAGAAGACUGGAUAUCUGAUGAGCCCAGACCAAACGGACAUGCUAAUCAAUAUGAAGGAGGAGGAGGAGGAAGAAGAUUGGGAGAGGCAGAGUGUGAAAAUGGAGAGGGAGGAUGGUGUGAGAGAUGAAGAGGGACCCAGGAGGGAGGAAUAUAAAGAGGAUGAUGGCCAGAAGGAGGGAUAUGUACCCAAUCAAGUCAUCGAAAUUUACAAAUGGGAGGUGAAUGAAGUAAAAUCGGAACAACAGGAAGGAGAGGAGCAGCCUACUCUGGUCACUUCCUGUCUGCUAAAACAGCCUCGAGUGCUGAUUCACAGCCUAGAAAUGGCAGAUCAUUUGGUCCCUGGGUCAUCACCUCCCAGUCCCGUGGCCUGUAAAAGUGGUCAGGGAGUAACAUUGCAUGAGUCCUCACCACAGACGGAAAGUGAAUCCCUGAGUCAGGCCGUCACCUGGAAGAGGAGUGGACACUUAGAAAGACCCCUGAUCUGUGCUGAAGCAUCGCUUAUUUCUUCUGUCAUCUCCAGGAACAAAAACACAGGACAAACUGUUGAGGUGUCGUCUCAGAUCUUUGCCUGCUCCCAGUGCCCAUACGUUCACACAGAGGAAGUGAAUCUUCACCAGCACAUUGAGAACGUUCACCCAGAGGAGCCCAGCAGGACUGUGGGGUCCCAGCAACCUCCCAGCAGCACACAUCAGCACCCCACUCGCCCUAAGACACUCCCAACCCCAACACAGUCCCACACAGGCACUCCAGGGGCCCACACAUGCUUCCAGUGUGGGACAAGCUUCAAAUCCAAAUCACUGUUGACAACACACAAGAACAUACAUAAAAGAGAGGGGACAUAUCACUGCUCCCAGUGUGGGAAGAGUUUCACUCAGUUGGGUAAUUUGAAGCAACACCAGCGAACUCAUACAGGUGAACGGCCAUACCAGUGCUCCCAGUGUGAUAAGAGUUUUGCCCUGUUGGGUAAUUUGAGGCAACACCAGCGAACUCAUACAGGUGAACGGCCAUACCAGUGCUCCCAGUGUGAUAAGAGUUUCACUAAGGCAGAUAAACUGAAUGCACACCUGAGAAUUCAUACAGGGGAACGGCCAUACUACUGCUCCCAGUGUGGGAAGAGUUUUGUUCGGGCAGAUUUAUUGAAGGUACAUCAGCAAACUCAUACGGGUGAACGGCCAUACCAUUGCUCUCAGUGUGAGAAGAGCUUUGCUCAGUUUAAUAAUUUGAAGCAACACCAGCAAACUCAUACAGGUGAACGGCCAUAUCACUGCUCCCAGUGUGGGAAAAGCUUUACUCAGUUGGGUACUUUGAAUCGACACCAGCAAACUCAUAUACGGCCCUACCAGUGCACCCAGUGUGGGAAGAGUUUCUGUCAGUCAAGUGACCUGAGAAAGCACCAGCCAACUCAUACACGUGAAAGGCCAUAUCAUUGCUUCCAGUGUGGAAACCAUUUCGCUCAGUUGAGCAGUUUGAAUCGACAUCAGAGAACCUGUACAAAACCGUUACAAGUGUGGAAAAACAAUCAAAAUCAGUUUCAAUCAGAUAAGUCAUCUGAAUCUACACCAGUAAAGUUGACAACAUAGUGAAUCAACUUGUCAAAUCAGAGAUCAGAGUCAAAGUUAACACCCAAAUUUCUUGCAUAAGAUUUAACUAGAGGGUUGAGUUGACCUAAAUGUUCACAAAGGCUAUUAAUGGAUUUAGAUGGGCCAAGUUAAAUUAUAUCUGUCAUCAAUUAUUGGCCAUCCAGCACAUAAUCUCUGUCAAGCAGUCAUCCAAGUUCUGCAGGGAGAGCAGAUAAUUUGGUUUCAGGGGGAGUUAGAGCUGGGUAACAUCCACAUAGCAAUGGAAAUAGAUAUACUUGGAUAAGAAUGAUAUGUCCCAGAGGGAGCAUAUACUGUAUACAGAGAAAAAGGAUGGGCCCUAGAAUGGACCCUUGAGGGAUCCCACAGGUGAUAGAGUUAGUGGAGGAGAAGUAAUUACUCAUGUUUAUUGAACAAGUCAUAUGCUUGAUGUAGGAGCUAAACCAAUCUAAUGCUGUACCCUGAAGGCUGAUCAUAUGCUCAAGAUGCUCAAUUGGUAUGUCAUGGUCGACAAAGAAAAGCUAAAAUUAUUUAAAUGGAACAUUCACUGGCAGUGACCGCAAGGAGCAGGUCAUUUGUUACCUUUAGGAAGUCAGACUGCUAUGAAGAGCUCUGAAACCUGAGGAACCUUGAGGAUGCCAUUUUUGUUGAGGGCAGGGGACAACUGGGAAACAAUGACUUUAUCUGAAAUUUUGGAGAGGAAAUAUGAAAGUUACUAAGUGUACUAUUGUCAAGGUUGGCUUUUUAAGGUUUGAACUACUGUGUGUUUAACCCAAUAAGUCAAGUGGGUUUAUUUGCAUUCGUUAUCAAUAUGGUCACACAAUAUACCAUUUGAAAGGGUUUGAAAUGGUAAAAACUCAUCUGUCUAAACUAUACAAUGUCAGUGUCCUGUUUUGUAAUGUGGCGUGCCAAAAGCGAGGGGGGAACUGCACCACUGCAUUCUAAUAAUCCACAGACGACACAAAUCAUGGUAAAAUCAGUAUUAUUUUCACUACAAGGGUCCAGCAAACCAAAUCCAUUCCAAAAACAUGCUAACAAUGAGAAACAUUGAUAGAAUGUCCAUUGCUACUUCCAAUAAUUUUGGAGGGAUUAUCUUUUUUGUACAGAAGAACUUGUACAUAGGAAUGUAUCUUGUAUAGGCUCUCUGGAACACAAUCAGCCCCUUAACAAGGUUACUUGACCCGUACCUGUGAAGCAGUCCCUUUGUAUAGACAACAACCCUCUCUGUAUGCAAGAAACUAUGGUAUAACCUCUGCUCAGCUUACAACAGACUCGGGGCAUGGUAUUGCAGCAAUGAAUGAGUAGCAUUUAAACUAUUGAA